GAAGAGCGAUGGCCUCCGAGCAGACCACAGAGGAGGGCGGCACCAGCCUCUUGGCCGCCGGGCUCGGCUCCAGCGACUCCGACCUCUCCACCGGACCUGCCAGCAAACGUGACCUUUCCAUUCCCCACGACGAGGAUUGCCUGCCGCUGGCCGCUGUCCACCCCCAUCCUGCAGUCUGUGAGGACUGGGAAGAGGAUCGCUUGGAGGCAGCAGAAAGGGGCCCGGGGUUGCCACAGAGUGAUGAUUCCUCCCUGCCGGCUCCCCAGGCGCAAGAGGUCCCCAAAGAGCCUUCGUCUGCUCCCGCGGAGGCCCUGCUCCCCUCGCCUCAGGCCUGUCCCUCAAGUGAGGAGUUCUCCUCUUUGCCCGACUCGGACAAUGCGGUGGGAGAGAACAGGCUCCAGAUGGCCCCGCCGCCCCUGCAGGCAGCCCACUCCACGGACCAGGCCGGUGCCGUCCUCCUCCUCUGCUCCGAGGCUGAGCUGGGAUCUUUGAUCUUGCAGCACGACAGGCGGCAGAACGGAUGCCUGGACGUGGAAGACACUCCCUUGGUGGAAAGCCCCGAUCAGGAAGGCUUGUCCCAGAAGUCCUUGCAGAACAUCGCGGUCCAGACUGACUUCAAGACGGCUGACCUGGAAGUGAACACAGACCAGGAUAUUGAGAAGAACCUGGAUAAGAUGAUGUCCGAGAGGGCUUCACUGAAGGAGCGCUACCAGGAAGUGCUGGACAAACAGAGGCAGGUGGAGAAUCAGCUCCAGGUGCAGCUCAAGCAUCUCCAGCAGCGCCGGGAGGAAGAGAUGAAGAAUCACCAGGAGAUUCUGAAGGCCAUUCAGGACGUGACUGUGAAACGGGAAGAGACCAAGAAGAAGAUGGAAAAGGAGAAAAAGGAGUUUUUGCAAAAGGAACAGGACCUGAAGGCAGAAAUUGAGAAGCUCUGUGAAAAAGGCAGAAGGCUGCUGAAAGAGCAAGAGGAGAAGGAGAACAAGAUUGUGUCACUCAUUGCCGAACAGUCCGAGGAGAAGGAGGUCUGGGAGAUGGAGCUGGACAAGCUGAAGAACCAGCACAAUGAAAUCAACCAGUCCAUCCUGGAGGAGACGGAGCGGGCUUGGAAGGCAGAGAUCCUGUCCCUGGAGAGCCGCAAGGAGCUGCUGGUGCUGAAGCUGGAAGAGGCCGAAAAAGAAGCUGAGCUGCACCUCACCUACCUCAAAUCCGCCCCGCCCACCCGGGAGACCAUCCAAGCCAAGCAGGAGUGGGACAAGAGGCUGAAGGUGAUACGGGUGACCAAGGAGAGUGUGCGGGACCGGUUCAACGACCACAUCCAGCUCGUGCGGAAGGGAGCCAAGCUGAGCAGCCUCCCCCAGAUCCCCACGCCCCCAGCCCAGCUGACGGCCAUCCUGCAGCAGAUCAAGGCGGCACGGCGCACCCUGGCAGGGCUCACCAUGGAAGAGCUGAACCAGCUGGUGGCGGCCAGGCUGGCCGAGCAGCAGGAAAGGGUGGCCACCGUAGCAGCGCAGCCUCUCGGCCGCCUCCGCUCCUCCAUGUUCCCUGCUCCUCUGCCUCAGAUCAGCAGCCCGAUGUUUCUGCCGCCGGCACAGGUGCCCUAUGCUGGGACACCCGCCCAGGCUCCCGUGGCUUGCAAACUCUGUCUGAUGUGCCAGAAGCUGGUGCAGCCCAGCGACCUCCACCCCAUGGCCUGUUCCCACGUGCUGCACAAGGAGUGCAUUAAAUUCUGGGCCCAGACCAAUGCAAACGAUGCCUGUCCCUUCUGCCCGACGCUGAAAUGACCACCGCUGGACACAGGAGGGUGGUGGUGCUUGCCUGCGAGGGGCACCCUGGAUUUCUACAACUCUAUAUUUAUACAGCCAUGUAUACACAUGUACAUUUUUAUUCUAUAGGGAAUGUGUGUAUAGAAAGUCCGUAUACAGACUAGUUCAGAAUUAAAGUGUGUAUAUUAUGCAGGAGUCUCGCUUUGUGCCUCGUGCUCAAUUUCCCACGCUCUGGUUCCCUCAGGCCUGUGGCACUACUCUCGCCCACCCUUCCGCCCCACCAGAAAUAAGGCAGCCAGGAGGCCUUUCUCUCUCAAGGUAAUAAUUUACUGUGUUGAACGUUCCUGACGGACACAGACACGAGGGGGAGAGAAGGCCAGUUACAAACUGCUGGCAUCGCUCCACCGGCCCUUGCCCUGUGCGCAAUCCCCUUUCAUCUCCAAUCCUGGCCAGCUCCUUGGGGGCAAAGCUGGGUCCCUCCCUCUGCCCCAUAUGCUUCGGCAGGGGCCUCAUGCCCCCCUGGCAGGCUUCCACUCAGGUCCCCGCCCCAAGCUGGAGCUGCUGGUUCAACUGACUAAGGAAGGGCCCGCUCCGCCUCAGGUGGGUGCAUGUCUUUUGCCAGCUGCAGAGUCUGGGCCUGGCUUUCCCUCCUGGGUGACACGUCCAUCUGUUUCUUCAGCUUUCUGAUCAGGGCCUCCAUUCUCUGCAUUUCUUUUGGAGCUUGUCAAGCUGUCGCUUGCCUCAGCGUUGCACAGAACUGUAGGCUGAUGCUUGUGUGUGCGAGAACCUGACACUUCGGGCCGUUUACUCACACUGUUUGGCUCACCUCAUUCUUCUAAAAAGGGGGGGGGGCAGGGAGAGGGCCCCUUUGCAACCUCAUCACCUGCUUCGGAAGGCCCAGGCAGCCCAGCUAUAAAAGUGCCCACGGUUCAUCUUUCGGUAAAAGAGUCACCAGCCGGCAUGGAAUGUCAGAACUGGGCCCGGGUGGCAGAAUGCAGCAGCCCUGAUGUCCAGAGAAGGUCUGUCGCUGCUUCCUCAGUGGCUCGGAGGCGAUGCCAGACGCUUGGGCCCUCCCCAAAGAGUAAGCCGCUUGAGAGGGACAAGACAGGAGGUGGGGGUUGGGGGUCGUGAGGGGGGGGUGAGUGCAGGGACGUUCUAAAAAGGUUCGAGGUGGGCUAGAGGGGGCUGCAGCCCAUCCGGGUCUCCCAGAACAGGAUGGGGGAAUCACGUCCAGCACACAACCCACAGAGUGCGUCCACUCCACCCCUCCCCCCCCCGCUAUGUCACCCAGCAGCCACCCUCUCACGCUCAAGCACAGAAUGCCAAAAAGCAGCCAACCAGUCCUUUAAAAAAGACCAAACCAAAAAGAUUGUCUGGCUCCUCCUCCUUCACUUGAGACUGAGACGAACGGGGCCGUUAAAGGCCAACAUCACAAGUAUUUACAGCGUGUCGUGUUGUAGAGAGAGCCCCCAGCACAAAGAGCACAGCUGCCUCC